AUGGCUUACGCUUUACCUGAGGCACACAAACAAUUGGUUGAAGGCCGUUUGGCUGACACUGACCCAGAGGUCGAUGCUAUCAUCACUGCUGAGGUCGACAGACAAAAGCACUCCAUUGUGUUGAUUGCCAGUGAGAACUUCACCACCAAGGCCGUCUUCGACGCUUUGGGAACCCCCAUGUGUAACAAGUACUCCGAGGGUUACCCAGGCGCCAGAUACUACGGUGGUAACGAGCAAAUCGACAAGAUGGAGAUUUUGUGUCAAGAGAGAGCCUUGAAGGCUUUUAACGUCACUGCCGACAAGUGGGGUGUUAACGUCCAAACCUUGUCUGGUUCUCCAGCUAACUUGCAAGUUUACCAAGCCAUCAUGAAGCCUCACGAGAGAUUGAUGGGUUUGGACUUGCCUCACGGUGGUCACUUGUCUCACGGUUACCAAACCGACUCCAGAAAGAUCUCUGCUGUCUCUACUUACUUCGAGACCAUGCCAUACAGAGUUGACUUGGAGACUGGUAUCAUUGACUACGACAUGUUGGAGAAGACCGCUAUCUUGUACCGUCCAAAGGUCCUUGUUGCUGGUACCUCUGCUUACUGUCGUUUGAUCGACUACAAGAGAAUGCGUGAAAUCGCCGACAAGGUUGGUGCCUACUUGGUCGUUGACAUGGCUCACAUUUCUGGUUUGGUUGCCGCUGGUGUCAUCCCAUCCCCAUUCGAGUACGCUGACAUUGUCACCACCACCACUCACAAGUCUUUGAGAGGUCCAAGAGGUGCCAUGAUCUUCUUCAGAAGAGGUGUCAGAUCCAUCAACCCAAAGACCGGUCAAGAGGUCAAGUACGACUUGGAGAACCCAAUCAACUUCUCCGUUUUCCCAGGUCACCAGGGUGGUCCACACAACCACACCAUCGCUGCCUUGGCCACCGCUUUGAAGCAAGCUGCUACUCCUGAGUUCAAGCAAUACCAAGAGCAAGUUUUGAAGAACGCUAAGGUCUUGGAGGAAGAGUUCAACAAGAAGGGUUACAACUUGGUUUCCAACGGUACUGACUCCCACAUGGUCUUGGUUUCUUUGAGAGACAAGCAAAUUGAUGGUGCCAGAGUUGAGACCAUCUGUGAGAGAAUCAACAUUGCUCUUAACAAGAACUCCAUCCCAGGUGACAAGUCCGCUUUGGUUCCAGGUGGUGUUAGAAUUGGUGCUCCAGCCAUGACCACCAGAGGUUUGGGUGAGGCUGACUUCAGAAAGAUCGUUGAGUACAUUGACUUUGCUGUCAACUACGCUAAGGAGAUCCAGAACAACUUGCCAAAGGAGGCCAACAAGUUGAAGGACUUCAAGCAACAAGUCUUGCACGGUGAGGACGCCAAGUUGGACGCUGUCAAGGCUGAGAUUUCCCAAUGGGCUGGUGAGUUCCCAUUGUCUGUCUAA